UUACUAAACAAAACAUUCACUAAUCCCGAUAAGAGGUCAAGACGGCAUUUCAUGUCAGAUUUAUGACCUUUGCCUCCCCACUCCCACACUCCAUUUGAGAGUUAAGGUACGUUUGUACCAGUGGCCAUGGCUCUAUCAUAUUGUUCCUUCAAUGCCAUUUUGAAUUCAGCAAGUAGCAACGUAGGAUAUUCUUUGAGAAAUGGGAGUCAAAACUUUAAAUGCAUUCCUUUCGUGGAAGUGCGAAGGAAGAGGAGGGUGGUGCAAGUCACAGCAGCUGUAAUGUCUAAAACAUCCCUCGAAUACAAAAAGCUUGGAGACUCUGAGCUAUUGAUUAGUGAAAUUACACUUGGAACGAUGACGUGGGGUAAUCAAAACACUGAGAAGGAAGCUCACCAACAGCUCAGCUAUGCAUUUGACCAAGGAAUUAACAUCUUGGACACAGCUGAGGGCUAUCCAGUUCCAAUGGAUAGGAAAACACAAGGAAGGACAGAUCAAUUUAUUGGAACAUGGCUCAAAUCUCAACCUCGUGAUAAGGUAAUUUUGGCAACAAAAGUGUCUGGCUUUUCAAAGCAAUUAACCUACGUCCGUGAGAAUGCAACAACACUACGGGUUGAUGCUGCUAAUAUCAAAGAAAGUGUGGAGAAGAGUUUGAUUCGUCUUGGCACAGAUUACAUAGACUUGUUACAAAUCCAUUGGCCUGAUCGUUAUGUGCCACUCUUUGGCGAGUUCUUAUAUGAUACUUCAAAAUGGAGGGAAAGCAUACCAUUUAUUGAGCAACUCAAGGCAUUUCAAGAACUGAUUCAAGAAGGAAAGGUACGAUACAUAGGUGUCUCUAAUGAAACAUCCUAUGGUGUCAUGGAGUUUGUUAAUGCUGCAAAAUUGGAAGGCUUGCCAAAGAUUAUCAGUAUUCAAAACAAUUAUAGUCUCCUUGUACGAUGUCAUUUUGAAGUUGAUUUGGCAGAGGUCUGCAUCCCUCAGCAUUGCAAUGUUGGUCUUUUGGCAUAUUCUCCAUUAGCUGGUGGUGCUUUGACUGGGAAGUAUACAAAUCCUGAUUCCACAGCAGCGAAGAAAGGCCGGUUUAAUCUCUUUCCAGGAUAUAUGAGUCGAUAUACUAAAUCUCUAGCAAAGGAAGCUGUGGAUAAGUAUAUGCAGGUGGCACGUAAACAUGGGUUUACCCCAGUUGAACUUGCACUUGGUUUUGUACGUAGUCGUCCAUUUGUAACAAGUUCUAUUAUUGGUGCAACGUCCAUGGAGCAGUUGAAGGAAAAUAUAUCAGCUUUCACAAAUGCUAAAUCCUUUUCACCAGAGGUUAUGGAAGAAAUAGAGGACGUCUUUCUCAGAUACAAGGAUCCAGCAAUGACAUAAUUUUGAUAGUCAUUGUUUUCCCUUUUUUCUUUUCCCCUUUAACAUUUCUGCUUUCAGAAGCCAAAUAAAUGACAAAAUCAAGUUCUGGCUAAUGAUCUUCCAAUCAAGGCAACAUUUUAACUAAGCAAAUGCAUUCAUCCCAGAAGAUUCUUAUUGCUAAUAAUUUUGCAAAUUUAUAUGAUCAGAAAAAAAAGUUCAACGGUGUUUA